AUGGAUGAUCGAUCAUGGAUGUAUCGUCGUCUUAUGGAUGGUCGCCUUCGUCUUGAAUACAUUACCAGUGUUAGAAGAUUUAUCAAUUUUGCAUUUUCAAUUGAUAAAAAUAUAUCUGGGGGAAAAAUUAGAUGUGUUUGUAAACAUCUAUUGACAAAAGGUUUUAUACCUUGUUAUGAAAAUUGGACAGUACAUGGGGAGCCUUAUGUUACAGAACCAAUAUUGGCUGGACCUUCAUCAAUUGGAAUGAGUCAUGUUAUGAAUGAUGUUUAUCUAGAGAAUCCAUAUAGAAAUCUAGUUAUAGAUGCAAUGGGGGUUGGUGAUGCAUUCUAUAAUGAUAACGUGUCUAGUCCUAUGGUAGCAGGGGAAAUUCCAAAUCCGGAGGCAACUAAAUUUUUUAAUCUUUUGAAAGCUGCGGAGGAGCCGUUGUGGGAUGGGUGUACCAAGCAAUCCAAAUUAUCUGCUUGUGUACAAUUGCUUAAUAUGAAGUCAACAUUUAAUUUGACUCAGAAUGCCUUCAACAAUUUUAUUGAUUUUACAAAAAGUUGCAUGCCUAAUGAUGAAAAUUUGGUAUCAAAUUUUUAUGAUGCCAAGAAAUUUAUGCGACCACUUGGACUUGGGUAUGAGAAAUUUGAUGUGUGUCCUACUUAUUGUAUGUUGUACUAUGGGGCUGAUGCAAUGAAAACAAAUUGUGAUUUUUGUGGAAGUUCACGAUACAAACCUAGAAAUCCAACUAGUAAAGGUUCCAAUAAGGCAGAGAAGCAACUUCGAUACUUUCCCUUAACACCAAGGCUUCAAAGACUGUUCAUGUCUCCAUAUCAUGCCAAAGAUAUGACAUGA